AUGUCCGAAAUUGCUAAAAUCUCAGCUCUAAUAUCUUCCAAUAGAGAGCUUUUAUUCGACAAAAUACUCGCUUUUAUGGAUGAUUUUAAGACCCUCUGUGAGUGGGACUACGAUGUUGUCUAUCUUCCGCAAGAAAGCCUGAAAAUACAGUAUUGUGAAGUCAUAGUGUACCGCAACACAGUGAUCCGGCCCGGCUACUGCCCUUUUUGUUUAUGGAACAAGGGUCUUCAUACCGAAGAUCGAUUACAUCAAUAUCUUGAAAGUGCAAAUUUAAAGCAACACAUCGAAGAUAAGUAUAUUAAUACAGACCAUCAGCACGGCGCAGGACUAGGGAAACGAAAACGUACCCUAAAGUCAGAAGAUCGGUUGUCUCUAAACAUUGAGGAGAGGAGCUCGAUGAAAUUUUACACCUUAACUUUAGGUGAAUUUGAAAGGCAAUCUUCUACCGAUAGUGAUUCAAUAAAAGAUAACACAAGCGACUCGUCUAUAUCUUGUUUGUCUAAAGAUACUACGCCGCUUAGCUUAUAG